UUAUAAUAGAAAUAAGCAAGCAAGCAGCUGAGAAAGACAAUUCUCCCUCCACCAAAAGCCAAAGCCAUUUCUUCAAGAUAAACCCAUUUCACCAAACACCCAAUUAAACAAACUUAACCUAAUAAUACUAAAUCCGCAAACUCUCUUAAACUUAACUUCAUGUUGUUCAUUUCUUUCUUAUAUUUCCUUCUUUCUCCAUCUCUCACUCCAUCUCUCACCACCUCUUCUUCUCCACUCUCUCUCUCUCUCUCUCUCUCUCUCUCUCUCUCUCUCUCUCUCUCUCUCUCUCUCUCUCUCAUGCAGCUACCUGGCAGAAAAACGGCAUUUCCCCUUGAAUCUGUGUCAAUGAAGGCACGCAAGAACAACAACCUCCCCAUAUUCGUGGUGGUCUUCUCAAUAUUCCUCUUUGGGAUCUUCACGUACAACGAGGAUGUGAAGUCCAUCGCCGAAUUUCCAUUCUCAACGCCUAAGGCUCAGGAGCUCCAAGAAGAUGAGUCAAAACAGAGCAACCCUGUUCAAGAAUCAAAACAGAGCAACCCUGGUCAAGAAACAAAAGAGAACACCCCUGUUCAAGAGACCAAACAGAGUGACUCUGUUCAAGAAACCAAAGAGAACGAAAUCCAACAGAGGGUUUCACUGAGUUCAAGAGCUCAAUUGGAAGAAACCCAGUUGGAGAAUAGCUCAGAGGAAACCCAAGAACCGGUUGAUCUGAAAUCCAUCACGGAAAAAGACGAUGAGCAGAAGAUUGAAUUGUUGGGUUCUCAACAACCAGAGGAAGAGGAAGAAGAGGAAGAGAUUGAAUUGCCUCCAGAAGACUGUGAUUUGUUUAAUGGAGACUGGGUUUUCGAUCUUGUCACCCACCCUCUGUACAAAGAAGAUGAAUGGGAGUUUCUCACAGCGCAAGUGACUUGCAUGAGAAAUGGAAGAAAGGACUCUCUGUACCAACAUUGGAGAUGGCAGCCCAGAGAUUGUAAUCUCCCAAAGUUCAAUGCAAGGCUGUUGCUGGAGAAAUUGAGAAACAAGAGGCUAAUGUUUGUUGGAGACUCACUGAACAGAAACCAGUGGGAAUCCAUGAUAUGUUUUGCUCAGUCAAUCAUUCCUCCAGGCAGAAAGAACUUGACAAAGAAUGGCUCUCUCUCUGUUUUCAGAAUUGAGAAAAACAUGCUCCUGGCAGUUAUGAGAAGGCGAGACUAUGGUUCGCACAUGCAGAAACUGUCAUUCCAUUUUCAUGCCUAAGUGGACUUUUUAUUGAGGGAUCUGGUUAGAGAUUUCUUCAGUAAAUUCUUAAUUCGGUUUGCAUGAUCUGGGUUCAUGUGCAGGU